CAGACUGAAAGAGGCUGAGGUUGGUGCAGCAGCGCGGGGUGCUGUGGGGAUCAGAGAGGUGUUUGCGCUUGGAUCGCUUUGAUUCUGGAGGAGAAACCGGGUCAAGAAGGGGGAGACUGCUGGGAAGGAAAGGACAAUGCUGUUUCGUGUCGUUUCGUCGCUCACAGCGGAUGCCACGCAGAUUUGACUACUAAUCAUCGUCCGUUUUUAGAUUAGGGAGAUUUCGGAUUCGGCGUUGGCACGGACGCACCCUGCCACCGGCAUCCCAGCCUUUGGGCAGCAUCUAUUUCAGGGAUCGCUCACUGUGCGCUGGCUACACUGCAUGCCAGCAAGCUCUUUAUGCAGAUUUCUACCUACAUUCGUCGUUUUGCCUGAAUGUGACUGUCAUUUUUURCAUGAUUUUUUURGCCGCCGCAUGAAUUCUCCCACCGGAUCCUCGUCGGUGUACUCUKCUGYUUCUCUCCUCCUCCUCCUUCUCCUCCUCCUCUUCCUCCUGACUCUCACAGAGGGCACUACCCUCCUCCCUACCACUAAAGACAUUUUGAUCGUCCUCCCCAGCUCCCCCCACCCGGACACGACCAUCACCACCACCACCACCACCACCACCUCCUCCUCCUCCUCCUCUUCCUCCUCCUCCUCCACUGUAACAUGUCGGGACAGUCUUUGACGGACCGGAUCGCCGCCGCGCAGCACAGCAUGACCGGCUCUGCCAUCAGCAAAGCCGUCUGCAAGGCCACGACGCAUGAAGUCAGCGGACCCAAGAAGAAACACCUUGACUACCUGAUCCACUGCACCAAUGAGCUGAACGUCAGCAUCCCCCAUCUGGCAGACACGCUGCUGGAGCGCACGACGAGCAACAGCUGGAUUGUAGUUUUCAAAGCGCUCAUCGCCACACACCACCUCAUGAUGUACGGCAGCGAGAGAUUGAUGCAGUACCUUGCCUCCAGAAACACGCUCUUCAACCUCAACAACUUUCUAGAUAAGGCUGCACUACAAGGAUACAACAUGUCAACCUUCAUCAGACGUUACAGCCGAUACCUGAAUGAAAAAUCCAUGUCUUAUAGACUAGCCGCAGUGGACUUYACCAAGAUGAAAAGAGGGGCUGAGGGUGUAAUGCGCACCAUGAACACAGAGAAGCUGAUCAAGACUUUGCCCAUCAUACAGAACCAGCUGGACGCACUGCUAGAUUUUCAGCCAAACUCCAACGAACUGACCAAUGGCGUGAUCAACACAGCGUUCAUGCUGCUGUUCAAGGACUCCAUACGGUUGUUUGCUGCUUACAACGAGGGAGUCAUCAACAUGUUGGAGAAAUACUUUGACAUGAAGAAGAAUCAGUGCAAAGAGGCGUUGGAGAUCUACAAAAACUUCCUGAACAGGAUGACAAAACUGUCCGAGUUCCUCAAAGUGGCUGAGCGAGUUGGGAUAGAUCAGGGCGACAGCCCCGAUCUCACACAGGCUCCCAGCUCCCUCCUGGAGGCUUUGGAGCAGCAUCUCGCUUCUCUGGAGGGCAGGAAGCUCAAAGACCUGUCUACUGCCAGCAGAUCCAGCACCUUGUCCAGCACAGUGUCGUCUCUCUCCAGCGCCAGUAUCUCUCUCAGCCGCAUGGAUGACAAGACAGAGGACAACCGGCUGCAGCAGCACAAGGACGACGGUCACAAAGUGAUCGACAUUCAGACGCCCACUGUUUCACCCAGCGCCCAGUCGGUGGGCAGUGCCAACAGCAGCGGCGGGGCCACGGAUAUCUUCUCAAACUCUCCCAGUGUACCCAUCAAUAACCAUGUGCCAAACCUGACCAGUGAGCUGUUCACCCUGCAGCCCAGCUUCACCCCCAUCCAGACCACACACACUGUGCCCAACAACAACAAUGCCUGGGGAGGAGACCUGCUAAAGCCGUCCCCACCAACUCAGAUUCACAGUCCUGGAGCUCCGCUGCACUCUGGUAAAAUGUUGCCCAAUGAUUUGGACGCUUCAUUAGCAAACUUGGUUGGAAACCUACAGUUUGGAGGCACACCGGCUAAAAAAUUUUUGAGUCCAUGCAGUGCACAGCCCGAGUUCCAGUGGAGCCAGCUGGUGGAGAAGAAACCCACCGGAGGGAGCGGCUGGCAGUCAAAGACGAUGUGCACCAACACCAACUGGACUCACGCGACCCAUCCCAUGGCGCCUGCACCCAUGCCCGUCCCUCAGAUGAAUGGGAUGAUCUAUACAGGAUAUGCUCCAGCACCAGUGGCUUUUCCUAUGACGACACCCCAAGUGCCUGUGUAUGGAAUGCUCCCUCCUCAGAUGAGUCAUCAAAUGGGGGGCAUUCCCAUGAUACCCCCACAGCCUGUCAUGUACAACCAGCCUGUCCUGAGACCCACCAAUCCCUUUGGACCCAUCCCGGGUACACAGAUGCAUUUCAUGUAGAGAUGAUGUUGUAACCAUAGCAGCAAAGCUGAAAGAGAAGAGGCAAGAGAAAGAUG